AUAAACUCAGGAAACCAGCUCCGGAGCACGAGGCCUGCAGAGAGAAACUUCCACACAUCUACAGCAGAACUGGACUGAAAGAAGCAGUUUAGCUGAGCCUUUAAACACCUUAACCAGCUGAUCAGAAGGAGACUGAGACACAACUGUUUUAGCGACUGUGGGAAGAGGAUCACAAAGAGAGGCCGGACAAUGAUCGAGAGUGACAGAGAGCUGUCGGCCACGGUGCAGGAGAUAUGGGACAGCGACGUCAACCGACUCAAACCUGGAAAAGACUAUAGGAUUUCUCUACAGGGCAAAGCUGGAGACACAAUGAGCUGCAACGACAGCAAUGACGGAGCAGGACUUCCUCUGUUUACAUUUGUUGAUGAGAAUAUUUUCAAAAAGGAGACAUUUUUCGCCUUCAUCUCUCUUCUGGAUAACUAUGAAAGUGCCACUGGUGAGCCAGAAAUUGUAACUCCUGAGGAACUGGCUGAGAACCACAGGUUUCUGGACGCCAUCAUUCAGACUCCCACUAUGAAGAUAGCUCAUAGAUACCUGGUGGAGAAGCAGCUCUCUCCUCCAGAUGAGUCAGAAUUCAAGGAGCAACUCUACAGGAUCUGGUUUGAACUCUAUGCAAGGAGAGGAUCCAACAGGCCAGACUCUUCAGGGUUUGAACAUGUGUUUGUCGGUGAGACAAGAAGAGGACGGACUGUCAUCGGUUUUCACAAUUGGAUCCAGCUGUACUUACAAGAAAAGCUAGGACACAUUGAUUACAAAGGUUACAGCGUCACGGCGCAUUCUCCUCAGCCGGACGAGAACAAACACAUCCUGGCUUUACAGUUCAGCUGGAAGAACGGCAUAAAGCCUAAGGGCAGCAUCUUCAUCGGCGUCAGUCCUGAGUUUGAGUUCGCCCUUUACACCCUUUGUUUCCUCACCUCUCCAAAUGAGCGCGUCAAAGUGCAGUUCAGUUUGUACGACGUGGAGAUUGUCUGUUACCACUACAAUCAAAAACACAUCAGCACCACCUACCCUGUGCUGCUUAGAUACAGGAAUCCUCAGGCAGAUUCAACUGGAAAUCCAUCUGAGGUAUAAGCACACCAACAAUUGAGCUUAAAAAGUCUCACCGGUAGCUGUGGAUACUGCCUUUUUAUUUUACACAAAGAUACUAUUAAAACUUUUAAGACCUAUCUGCAUUUUUUUUUUCUGUGCUAUGAUAUAUGCCUACUGCUUUGCGCAAAUAUUUAUAUUCCUUGAACUUGUUUUUCACCUUUCGUUAUAAUGGAUGGGCAGUUAACAAUCAUAUCAAAUGUAUUUUCUAAAUAACAGAGAUUGGGACCGAAAUCAUAUGUUUCCUAUGAAAAACAGGUAAACGCUGCUCUGUUAAUAAACAAACAAAAUCAUUUCUCA